AUGGAUGCCCUCGUUCAAGAACCGCUCAGCCUGUCUGAGAAGCUCUCCAACAAGCAGAACAACGGUGGUGGUUCCGUCACCAGUGAUCUCGUCCUGCGCCGAAGCAGCACGGGCAAUCAUCACUGCAAAACACUUGAUAAUCUAUCAGGAUACAAAUUUAUGGUGUUUCCUACUGUGCCCGUCCCGCAACCGAAGAGCACACGAUUAGAAAGAACCCCCGUCACGGGGAGCACGCCGUCGUCGGGGUACCGGGGAGCGUUCUUGUGGACGAAAAUGAAGAAACAUGUGGAGGGAAACGGUAACAGCAAAAUUGACCAGACUAGGGCAAACGGCACGCUCAAGCAGAUUGGUCCGGAUGGAGAGGUCUAUCUUGGGUCGCAGAACGUGCUGGAGCUGUGGGACUGGGAUCUCUUGUCUCAAGCUCCCGAGAAGCGGGCUCUGUGUCUACUUUAUCGUUUUUCCUUGGCUAAAGAGACUACCAUUUUGGGGAUAUACCCGCUCACAUCAUAUAAAACAGCUGCAUCUUGUCAGACAUUGGUUUUGGUAAAGAAUGUUUACAAAGAGUACGAGUUGAUCGUGUUGGAUAUGAAAACACUUGAUAAGACGGUAAUCCAAUCCAAGAUUGAUCAACACGAGCUCAACAUCUCAGUGUGCCCCUCCAAUGGGAACUAUUUUGGCGUCGCGUCGCCUUCGGGUAAACUGUCCGUGUACUCGACGUCCGAUCGCAAACUUGUCUCUACGUUCGACUGCACUACAGUGAAUAACCAGCCCGUCUUCGAUAUCGUGGGCUCUCACCUGAUCUACUACGCCGCGUCCGGGGACCCACGUAUCACCUCGUGGCUGAAAACACAGGCACCCACCCCAUUGAGGCUUGCUCACCAGAUCUCUGUUCUGAACAAGAUUUGGCAGAGUUUCUCGAAAACAGUGCUGGACUCGAUGGUGAUGCUUUCCGAGAUUUCCCAAUCUAAGGUCAAAAAGAUGUUUUCCGCAGAGAAACUGGACGGGCUCGGAGAUGCGACCUCUGCCGUUGGCUCCGGCGACGACGAGAUGCUCCGGAGCAAGAAGUUCCGCGAAAUGCUUGUUACCAUCCUAAACACGUUGAGUGCAAACUCCAGCUACGUCGUGGUGGUGGAUCUCGAUGCCAGCCAAAUCCAGUUCUGCUUUUCUCCCCCGGACGGCUGCUCUGCAAUCAAGAUGUCGCCCUUCGAUCUCACCGUCGCCACGGUGACAACCAGGGGUGACGAUAUUUACGUCUGGGAUUACACAAAGUACGAUAAGGAGAUAACUCUGAUCGAUAAGCACAAACGGGGCAAGACCUCUGCUAUUGUGACGGAUCUGUUUUGGAGCAACGACGAUCGCAGCCUCGUGCUCUUGAGCAAGCUCAAUGGGUCUAUCCACUCGUUCGCCAACGAGAGUCUUUGCGGGCUUUCGCAGACGCGAUCGUCGAGCCAGUCGUCAGACGAGCUCGGGCCGCUGAAAAGCCCCUACAACUGGUGUUUGUCGAAUUUUGGGUUCAAGAAGAUAGGUCUGAUCAAACAAUCCGUCAACCAGGCCCAUUGGACGUACACAAACGAGCUGGUUGCCCUGACUGCUACCGGAGAUGUGGCGGUGGUGGACUUAGCCACCGGUGCGAUCAACUGGAAAGUGAGUUUUCAACCGAUCGGAAGUGGCACGGCUGGCGGUCAGACGUCAUCUACAAUCGCUGCCAGCUUGGAGACAGUAACUUCUUCAGAUCCUGUCUCAUUGAUGGAGGUGGAAACCUGCAAGCCUUACGCAUACAUGUACAACAACCGACGGGUGCAGUUUGCGCGGUUCAAAGACCCGGCCAACGACGUUCGGCUGGAUGUGUUUGGGAGCGUGGUGAUGGAACAUGAGGACCUCAAGUUUGGAAGCAUACAAGGAUCAACCGUAGUUGGUGAACUUGCAGUGGUCGUAGUUCUCAUCAAUACCAGUAGCACCGUUCAAAUUACCCCACCAUCUUGGGAACGAGUGGUUACUGUUUGGACCACCGGCACCACCAACAGCAAAGGAAAUAACAAAGACAGCAACCUGAGCACCUCCAAUCAGUGCAGCAGCAACAAUGUAGUUGUACUUUCUAAAGUAGUUUGGUCUGUACUUCUUGAAGUAGAACUGAGAAAUAAAAGCAGCGAUGAAGUAUGUGGUGAUAGAAGAGUUAACACCAACACACAACCAACCAACGUACCACACAAGCACUGGAGUCUUGAUAGUGUCGAAUCUCCAAGUAGGUCUCAACCGGUGAGCAAGGUAGAAAGGCAAAGGCAAUCCGAAACCAAUGACAAGCGACAAUGGAACGAUGUAGUAGGUCUUUCCAAUAACAAAGAGUUCUUUAGCCAGAGCACCCCAAGCAAUACCUUGAGUGUUGUAUUGUUGGACAUUCUGACCAGACCAGAUAGCAGAGGUGGACUGAAUGUCCUUAAGGAGGUCGAAUUGCUCGUCGACAAUCUGGUUCAUCAUGAUGUAGUUGAAGAUGGAACCAAUAACGGUACCGAUCAACUGAGCAGCAAAAGUGUCCUUAGGAGGAAGCUUAACGUAGUGGCCCAUCUUCAAGUCACUCAAAAGACUAAAGGCUUGACCAACAGAGUUGUAACCGUACAAUGUGAAGUACAUGUUAGCCAAUGGAGACUGUUUUGGCAUGGAGAAACCACCAAUCAUUUGAAUAACGGUUUGCAUCUGAGUACCACCGAAACCAAAGAUACCAACCAAAGAUCCCAAAAAGAGAGUCAUUGGGUACGCGAGAGCGAGAGCGAAGAUCAACAUGUACCAUGGCAAUCCAGAGUCAGCUUUGUACAGGCAGAUAAGAGCCACCAUGAAGGCAAGAACGAACAGGAGGGCGUACCACCAGGUUGGAACUUCCUUAUAUCUGAGCAUGGCUCUCAUGUGAGAAUCAUUAAAGACUUCUGGCAAAGUGCCGUCGGAGUUCAAUCUUGGGUCUCUGUUUGCAAGUUUCCAGAACUUGAGGUUCUCAACGGUGAAGAGUUCCUUGAAGUUGAGGAGUUUGUCCUUAAUGGACUUAAUCCAAAUGGCAGUUUGGUUGUAAACCAAGUAGUUACCAGGCUCGGACUCUUCGUAAUAAAGCGAUUGAGACAAGAAUGGGAAGUUCUUAGAUUUCCACACAUUACCCCAGUAAACACCAGAGAAGACGGCGAUACAGAGGAAGUAACCGAACAAGUUGUUGACGGUAGCAUCCAGAGGAAUGGUCAAUGGAGAACCAGUACCGGCAACGUAGUUCCAGUCGAAACAGAUGGACAAGAAGCCCAAUCCUUCGUUACCGUUGGUACCACCAAAGAUUCUGGAAACGUUGGCGGAAUGUGGAUUAGCGAGACAUGGGAUGGAGAAACCAAUCAACCAUGGGAACACCCAUUCUGGAAAGAUCUCGAACAAGAAGGUGGCCAAGAAGAAGUAGUAGAAGUAUCUCAACUGUUUCUUAGUCUUUUCCUUGUUGUUAUGCAAGGUGUGGAUAGUAGCCACCAUUGGGAUACUGUUAGGGUAGAACAUUUCGGAUGGGUAAAGCAGAGCCUUCUUAAGACCCAUACCGACAAGCGCAUAACCAAUCAAUUGAGAUGA